UCCUCCAUGGCCGAUCUUCCUGCAGUCGAUGGCGACCAAGAGGAGAAUACACAUCCCCGCCCCAUGUCCUGGCUCCCUCCGCACGCCCGACCGCGGCGAUCCUCCCCCAAAGUCGGUCCUCCUCGACACCCUCGUCUACGCCGACGACCGCACGAACGCCUCCACCGCCGAGGGCUUCACCAGCAACGGCCAGGCCAUCCGCCUCACCUUCUGGCCCGCGCAUCCGCCGCUCAUCUCCUACUUCACCGUCCACCUGCCCACCCUCCUCCAGGACGGACCCGCCACGUCGCUCGACCUUCUGCCACGCCUUGUCCGCACCGACGGCGACCUCGCCCUCUUCCGCGUCAUGGUCGGCCCUUCGCCCAGCAAUCCGGACCACAUCAACUACAUGAUCUACCGUGUCCGUGCCGGCAUCAGCAAGCUUGAGGCGCUCCCCGCCCACCCCACCCGCUUGUUCGCCGACUGGUCACUUGCCCUCCUGCGCUGCCGCUGCCCGGACGACGGCAGGUUCUUGGUCGCCAAUCUCCGUUCGACUUACACCCGUGGGCAGUACGCCCUCGACCUGUUCGACUCCGGGUCAGGCACAUGGAGCACCAGGCCGAUGCGUGCUGAGUCGCCAGAGGACUGCUACUUCCGUACUCCAACCAAGGUGAUCGCCCUCGGUGGCGACCGCGGUUCAAUCGGCUGGGUCGGCCUCUGGCAUGGAAUCCUCAUCGGUGAUCUGCUCCCCAGCGGCGGGGACGAUGACGACGUCCUCCGCUUCAUCCCUUUGCCCAUGCUUUCGGCGCCCAACAAGAUGAUCCCAGGCCCUUUGUGCUGUGACCGGGACGUCUCCGUCGGCGGCGACGGUUGCAUCAAAUAUUCAGAGGUGUGGGCUCAUCCCGUGCCCGGCUCGCGUCGCGCCACCUACAUCUCCGAGGACUGGGGUGCCGCCAUACUGACAUGGCUGGAGCCCAAGAAGAAGUGGCACAUCGACCUCAGCCUCAAAGCCUCGGACAUCAUCUUGGACGACAGUCACUCCCGGUUGCUUCCUCGUCAUGAUGCCAAGGCCACAAUGGAGAGUCCAACUACCUUGAGCAGACUCCACACAGGGCAUCCUGCUCUCAGCUUGCAUGAUGAUGAUGUUGUUUACAUCACGGCCAAGGUUGACCACUUGGACGACGAUUUGUGGAUGCUUGCUCUUGACAUGAGGAACAAGACUCUGAAAGGAGUGGCUGCUCUCACCAGUAAAAGAACCUUGGGUUUUAGAUUCAUGUACUUGCAAAGUGACCUCUCCAACCAUCUGGUGCGCGCAAGCAGAACAACAGAGGUCUCCAACCAUUUGGUGGCCACAAGCAAAAGCAAAAGGUCCUCUCGCAGAAAGAAGAGUAAUGCUGCUAAAACUGGCAAGCAAGAAGCUGUGAAGACUCUUGCUAACAGCUGUCGUGUGGAUGCUGAUGCGACGACUUGGCGGGAAGGGAAACAUUUUCUGCGGGUUGCGGAACAAGAAGAACAGGAGCUGACGAUAAUCAAGCCUUUUCAAGGAUAAGAAUAAUCGAGCCUCGAGUUGUUUCAGUAACUUAGUGAUGGCUAUAAAUGGAUACAAUGUUUGCGCAAUGUUCCAGUUCUGUUUGUUCUAUCUUGCCAAUGCUGUCUCUGCCUUCCUAAAUCUCCCAGGCGCCGUUGAGGAAACAUUUGCUGCAUACAUGGUUCUAUGGUUGAGGUAUUCUGAUCCAUUCUGGUGUUGUCUCUUCCUUGACCGGUCAAAUGUAAUUUGCGUCGUUUCCUCCCAUGCAGUUUAUUACUCCCUCUGUCCCAUAAUACAAGACGUUAUUACACCUAAUA